CGGCCCUCGUGGCCCGCCGCCCCUCUUUCUGAAGGAUCACAACGUCACAAAUCACAAGCCUCCCAUGCCGCCGGAGCAGAGCUGCCACCGCCGGCCUACCACCGGAACAUCGACGCACUGCCGCAGUGGAUGCGACGCCAAACUCCGAGCCUACUGGCCGCCAACUUUCUCCCUAUCUCUUCGGCUCUCAGACCUCCGGUCGUCCUCGCCGCCCGCGCAUCCUCCUCUCACCAUGCGCCCACGGCCGACGCCCACCACCUGCUCGACGAAGCGCCGCGCAGGAGGGCCGGCGCCAUCGUGCGCGCCCUCGCCGCGUCCUCCUCCACCGGGGACGCAAACGUCGUCGCGUCCCUCCACUGCGCCUCUGUCAAGUCGGGCGCCGUGCUGGACCCGCCCGUGCGCACCUCCCUGCUCACGGCGUACGCCAGGGCGCGCGCCGCGGGCGCCGCGCGGGCGCUGUUCGGCGAGGCCGUCGCCCCCGACGUGAUCCUAUGGAACGCGGCCAUCAGCGCCCUGACGCUGAGUCGCCGGCACGACGAUGCCGUGGCUCUUUUCCGGCGGAUGGCGCGCGAGCUCGGGGAGUUUGAUUCGACGACGGUGGUCGUCAUGCUGUCGGGGGCGUCCCGCGCGGGUAACCUGGGGCACGGGAUGGCGCUUCAUGCCGUGGCGGCGAAGAGGUGCCUCGAUGCUGAUCACCUGAGCCUGUGGAACGCCCUUAUUGACAUGUAUGCAAAAUGUGGCGAUUUUUACUCCUCAGAGGUUGUGUUUCAGAGGAUGAUGCCCUGCAGGGACACCACCUCAUGGAACUCUGUGAUAAGUGGAAGCAUUUUUAACGGAUUUGCUGAGGUUUCAGCUUCGUACUUCAAGGAAAUGACCCGUUCCAUCUUUCAGCCAGAUGAGGUGAGCCUCUCUUCUGUCCUCUCAGCUUGCUCUCGUCUGGAUGAUCUCUUCUCCUUUGGGGAGUCAGUUCAUAGCUGUGCGGUCAAACUCGGUUAUGAGGACACUGCAUCUUGCUCAGUGGCUAACUCCCUGAUGACAUUCUAUUCUGAGUUUAGGCUGCCAGAGUCUGCUGUGAAGGUAUUUGCUAGCACUUUGAACAAGAAUUUGGUAUCAUGGAAUGCUAUGAUCAAGGGGCUGGUGGAGAAUGACAGAGUAAGCGAAGCCCUUACUGCUUUUUGGGAAAUGAGAUUGGAGUACCAGCCAGAUGUUGCCACUUUGGUCACCAUAAUUUCAGGUUGUGGUGAUCAAGGCCUACUUUCUGAAGGAAAAGCAGUUCAUGGAUACAUACUCAGAAAAGGAUUUCUUCAUGAGGAUCCGUCCACAGGGAACAGCUUACUUGAUUUCUAUUUGAAUUGCGACGAGCCAUCUACCGCGAGCCUGUUGUUUAGGACAAUGCCAAGAAGAAACUUGAUAUCAUGGAACACAAUGAUUUCUGGUUACUCAAGAAAUGAUUUACUGAGAGAAGAGGCACAAUCAAUGUUCAAAGGGUUGCUUUCUGAGGGCUUGCACUGUAGCCUGACCACUAUGCUAGCUAUCAUACCUUCAUGCUCUAGUGUGGAAGAACCUAGCUUUGGCAAAUCACUUCAUUCUUUCACCUUGAAGUGUGGAUUUGCUAGUGAAGUUUCAGCUGUUAAUGCGUUGAUACACAUGUAUAUAAGCUAUGGUGACCCACUGGCUGCCUUUUUGCUGAUAGAAAGAAUAAUACCGGUGUCAGAUAUUGUUUCAUGGAAUACAAUCAUAGCUGGUUGUACACAGAAUGGACUCUACAAAGAUGCUUUGGAAGCCUUCCAGUUCAUGCAUUCCUCUUUGCCUAUAAAUCCUGACAGUAUUACAUUAGUUAGUAUUUUGUCGGCAUGUGGAAACCUUAAUCUGCAGUCACUAGGGAAAUCUAUCCACUGCAUGAUCUUGAAGCAAUUGCUUGCUUCCAACUUGAGGGUGAAAAAUGCAUUGUUAGCCAUGUACUUCCGCUACGGAGAUACUAAAAGUGCUGAGUUAGUUUUCUAUAGCAUGGGAGAUAAAAAUUUGUGCUCCUGGAAUUGUAUGAUCUCUGGCUUCGUGCAGGAUAACAAAGGAUGGCGGGCAUUGCAGUUCUAUCAGAAGAUGGAAGACUGUGUACCAAAUGAAACAUCCAUAGUUGGUAUUAUAUGUGCCUGCACACAACUUGGGGGUUAUCAACUAGGAAAGAGCAUACAUGGGCAUGUGGUCAGGUCUGGUUUGCAAAAAGAUAUUUUUAUUUCAGCAUCACUUGUUGAUAUGUAUUGCAAGUGUGGAAGACUGGAUGUUGCUGUCAGAGUAUUUGAAGCUUCUGCUGAAAAAUCAAUUGCUGGCUGGAACUCCAUGAUAUCAGCCUUUGGUUUCCAUGGCCAUGGAUUGAGAUCCAUAGAGCUUUUCUGGAAGAUGAUUGAUUCUGGAACGAAAGCAACGAGAAGCACUUUUAUUGCUCUUUUGUCAGCUUGCAGUCACUCUGGGCUUAUUGAUGAAGGAUGGAAGUAUUACCACCUUAUGUCAGAAAAAUUUGGGAUCAUCCCAACACCAGAACAUCAUGUGUGCAUUGUAGACAUGCUUGGGCGGGCUGGUCGGCUGCAGGAAGCACACAGAUUUGUGGAGAGUCUACCAUCCCAACAAGCACAUGGUGUUUGGGGUGCACUGCUAAAUGCUUGCAGUAGCAAGAGUGAACUCAAGAUGGGUGAAUCCAUCGCGAGGCAUUUGCUAAAUUUGGAGCCUGAAAAUAGUGGAUAUUAUGUAACUAUUUCGAACCUUUAUGGGUAUAGAGACAUGUGGAGUGGUGCUGUCCAAGUAAGGAGCAUUUUGCAAGAUAAAGGACUGAUGAAGCCCCGUGGUCAUAGCAUUGUUGGUUAAAAGUGGACCAAAACCAUGGAAGCAAUAGAGUGCCAAGAAUUACAAAAGAAGGCUGUUCACUUUACCGAACCUGCUGCAGGUUCUCCCAACUGUGAGACAGUUAUCUGACUCGAAGGCUCUGCUGCCUACUCUGGUCGAAAGUUUUACUACAUGGUACAACUUUCUAUAUCUGGUUUUGAUAAGAUUAAUAGUCCUUCGAUUCACUUCUUUUUCUUUGUUGACCCUUGUAGAACUAGCUAUACAAGUAUCUAACUGCAAAUGGACCAGAAUUUAAGC